CCGGCGCUGGCCCCGCCCCGCUCUCCCCCCAAGAUGGCGGCGCCCUUGGCGGUGCAGCUGCAGGAGCUGUUGGACCCCCGGCCCGGCCUGCGGGACCCCGAGGAUGAUGCAGAGGAAGACACAGUUGCUAAAGUGAUUGACAGAUUUGAGGAUGAGGGCACGGAUGACAUUUUGCCUGCUGGCAAUAUCAGGAAAAGAGCUUCAGCCUCUCUCCUGGAAGCUGAUAAGAGGUACAGUGGGAAGGCCACGUCUCGGAAAGCUCUGCAGGAGGAGCUCUGGGGAGAUGCUCUGUCUGAAGAAGGAUCUGCUGAAGAAGCACUAGAUGACUGGUACAGUGGCAGCGAAGGCUCAGAAGAGGAGGGCAGUGUUGGCACUAAGGGCAGGGAGAAGCCCAGCAGUGCUGGCAGUGAGCAGGAGGAGGACUUGGAGGAUGAUGAAGAGGCCAAGGCACCAAAGUUCAGCUCCCAGAAAAUCACAGACUUUGAGAAGUUUACAGAGGGCAUGGAUGAUGUGGGGAGCAGUGAAGGGGAGGAUGAGGAUGAGGAUGAAGAUGAAGAUGGUGCUGACAUGGAAGAAGGAAGUGAGGAGGAGGAGGAGUUUGGGAGUGAAAACCACGAUGAUGAAAAAGAAACCAAAGACAGUGAAGAUGAUGGGGGAGUGCUGACCUUCUCCAGAGGACAGGAGUCUGAAGAGGUGGAGAAGGGCAAAGCUGUGAGGAACCAGCUAGCCCUGUGGGAUCAGCUGAUGGAAGGGAGGAUCAAGAUGCAGAAGGUGCUCCUGACAGCCAACAGGCUGCCCCAGCCAGACACCUACCCCAGGUUCAGGAAGGAGGGGGGACAGGACUUUGACCACGCUGUGGAGAACUGCUGUAAAGCCCUGGAGGCCUUGCUGAAAGUGCUGGUGGAACUUCAGGAUGAGCUGCUUUAUCAGUACCCAGGCACGAGGCAUCUGGUGGAUGGAAAGCAAGCAAAAACUGAGAGUGAGGAUGAAAUCCUGAGCAGCAGCGAUGAGGAGCCGGUGGAGAAGGCUCAGGAGAAGAGGAGGAGGCUCCCCAAGAGGAAGCUGAAGUUUGAGGAGUACCCUGAGUUCAUAGCCAAGCGCUACAGGGACUUCAGGAGCUACAGGAACAGCACCCUGCAGAAGUGGCACGACAAGACCAAGCUGGCAACUGGCAAAAUGGGGAAGGGCUUCGGAGCCUUGGAGCGCUCGGUGCUGGCGCAGAUCGAGCACGUGCUGCUGGACCGGGAGCGCCUGCUGCGGCGCACGCAGACCCGCCGCUCCCUCUACACCGUGCUGGGCAAGGAGCAGCCUGCCCCAGCCCCUCAGCCCGGGCCUGCCACCUCGGAAGUCCUCCCUCCCUCAGACUCCAACAGGCACCUGAAGGACAUUGAUGAGGAGAUCUUUGAUGAUGAUGACUUUUAUCACCAGCUCCUGCGAGAGCUGAUCGAGCGCAAAACCACAGCCCUGGACCCCAACGACCAGGUGGCCAUGGGCAGGCAGUGGUUGGCCAUCCAGAAGUUACGGAGCAAAAUAAAGAAGAAGGUGGACAGGAAAGCCAGCAAAGGGAGGAGAAUCCGGUACCACGUCCACAGCAAGCUGGUGAGCUUCAUGGCACCUAUUGACCUGUGCACGAUGAAUGAUGAUGCCAGGACGGAGCUGUACCGGUCACUGUUCGGAAAAGUCUCGAAGGGAGAAGGAGCAGAGCAGAAUUAGGGGCUGGGAUGGAGCUCCUGUGUUCUCCUCAGCUGCUCCCUCAGGCUGCCCAGCCUCAGAAUCUCUGUGAUCAGAACAACCCUGAGAUGUGUUAGGAAGUCUCUUUUCCCAGCCUGGCAGUGGAAGGAGGAGUCAGAAUUCUUCUGUUGUGGUUUUCAAGGUUGUUCAUUUUCUGUUACCUGGAACAUCCUGAGGUCUGUGCAGCAGGUCAGCCAGAGGCACACUGGCUGCCCUCUGAGGUGGUGGGGUGUUUUAUACCAAAAGACUUUAUUUACAAUAAUUUCCCAAUACCUAUCACCUGUGUUAGACAGUGUGUUCCUACCUUAAACCAACCCAAAAGUGCCAGCAUCACCCAGAGAUGGAGGCUAGGAUAAAGAAGGAAAAAGGACAAAAUACACCCAAAUUCCUCCAUCUUGGGACCCUGAGCCCCCAUUCUAAACACCCCCAAAUUCUUCUUUUUCACCCUGUGACACCUAACUGUUAUUCUCUUUAAACUCUCCUGCCUUGCA